CUUGAUGAAAUUCCUGAAUUAAGUGAACUAUCAUUUGAAGAAAUUCUUGAAUUAGAUUCUUUAAAAUCAGAUUCAAGAAUUUCUGAAUUUGAAGUUGUAGAAUAAACUCCAGAAUAAUAAGCAAGAAGAGCCUAAUUGAUGCAUUACAUAGAUAUCAUAAAUUAAAAUAGAGCAAAAGUAUUGCCAAAUGGAGAAUUAUAAUUACCAAAUGGAAAGAUGUAAAAUCAAUAUUAAAUUUGAUAGUCUUGGCCAUAGAUCCUUAAAAUAAUUUUAUGAUUAAAGUCAUGUUGUACCUUUACCUUAAAAAAAUAAUCAUUUGCCAUUGUAAUACUAAACUUAACAAGCUAUAAAGAAUGUUGGAAAUGAUUUUAUUUGA